AUACUCACGCGCCAGUAGAAUACCUCCCGGAUGCACGUUCAGAUCUUCUUCUUCUUCAUCUUCGUGCCGUCGUCGUCGAGAAAGUCGGUGAUCAAGUUUCGCCAUUGAAGUUCAUCUUUGCCUGGUGUUCCUCCACCAGAAAGCAUACUCUGCUUUCUAGCAUCUCUCUUCAACUUCACUCAACCGUCGCCCUCCCACCUCCGCUUCCCCCACAAAACAAGAAGUUCCCGAACGAGUCAGCAAAUUCCUCCUCGAUGGCGGCCGUCAUCCUCAUUUGGACUCUGGUCGCCACACUCGCGUCCCUUGCUCUCUUCUUCGCUUCGCGCAUCGUCUCCUGCCGCGCGAGCAGGAAGAGAGCCGUCGGAUUCUUCCAUCCGUACACCAACGACGGCGGAGGAGGGGAGAGAGUGCUGUGGUGCGCCGUCAAGGCCGUGCAGGAGGAGCGUCCCGAUCUCGACUGCGUCGUCUACACCGGCGAUCACGACGCGUCUCCCGAUAGCUUGAUGGCCCGUGCGAUCGAUAGAUUUGGAGUCAAGCUGCUUCGUCCUCCUGAGGUUGUCCAUCUGUGCAAGAGGAAGUGGGUCGAAGAAACUACUUACCCACGUUUUACUAUGAUCGGCCAAAGUCUUGGUUCCAUGUAUCUUUCAUGGGAAGCGUUGUGCAAGUAUACUCCAUCAUUCUAUUUUGACACCAGUGGAUAUGCUUUUACGUAUCCUGUUGCACGAAUUUUUGGAUGCGUAGUUAUGUGCUACACUCAUUACCCUACUAUCAGCACGGACAUGUUAUCUCGUGUUCGCCAUCGGACUUCUACCUAUAAUAAUGAAGCUUCGAUAGCUCAGAGUUUUUGGCUAUCCAGAUGUAAAAUCAUAUAUUACAUAAUUUUUAGCUGGAUGUACGGGUUUGUUGGGUCUUGCACACAUCUUGCAAUGGUUAAUUCUUCAUGGACAAGGUCGCAUAUUGAGAAGCUUUGGAGAAUUCCCGAUCGAAUUAAGCGAGUUUAUCCUCCAUGCGAUACAUCAGGACUGCAGGCGCUUCCCUUGGAAAGACCAGUUACUGUGCCAACUUUCAUUUCUGUUGCUCAGUUUCGUCCAGAGAAGGCACAUGUUCUUCAACUUGAGGCAUUCGAACUUUCUAUGAGAAAGUUAGAUGCAGACAUGCCAAGACCUAAGCUCCAAUUUGUUGGAAGUUGUCGGAAUAAAUCAGAUGAAGAUAGGUUAGAAAGUUUGAAAGUCAGAGCAGUUGAACUAAAAGUGGAAAGGGAUGUGGAGUUCCAUAAGAACGUAAUGUACAGGGACUUGGUAAAACUUUUAGCAGGUGCAACUGCAGGACUGCAUUCUAUGAUAGAUGAGCAUUUUGGAAUAAGUGUAGUAGAGUACAUGGCUGCCGGAGCCAUCCCGAUCGCUCAUAAGUCCGCUGGCCCAAAAAUGGACAUUGUCUUGGAAGAAGAUGGACAGCAGACAGGAUUUCUUGCCCAAAAUGUUGAAGAAUAUGCUGAUGCCAUCCUGAAAAUCAUAAGGAUGCCAGAAUCCGGGAGAGUCAAUAUGGCUGCAGCCGCGAGGAAGCGUGCGUGCAGAUUUUCUGAGCAAAGAUUUUAUGAAGACUUCAAGGCUGCAAUUCGGCCAGUAAUGGGUACAUCAUCGUCUUAAACAUGUUAUGAUGUAACUGUGAGCGAGAGGCCUAGUUGUAGCUUUAGGUGCGAAGAAGCAGUUGGCUUCUCCUUUUUCUUUUUUCUUUUUUUACUAACCAGAAGACGGGUGCUAGAGAUCCUAUGUUUGAUCGCAUGGCAGCUGAUAUUAGGAAUAGAGCAAAGGCAACUAUCUUCGAUCAGGACACAGCAAAUUACACAAUUAUUCAUUGAUCUCCAUCUGUUAUGCUCCAAGGGGCUGCAGGACGCAUACCUAGGAGCGGCUUACGUUCUCUCCUCCUAAAGGAAAGUUGAAAUGCUAUGCAUAGCUUUGAUGUAUCGGGAUCAUGUUCCAAUCUGACGCGACUCCAUGGUUGCUGGAUGGUACGAGAGACUUCUUUUUAGGUGUUAUUCUCUUCAUUUCAUUUGCGGGCAUGUCUUGAGUUUAAGGUUGACUAUGACACCGCCUUGUUUAGAUGACUAAACUACAUCCUCCUUAAAUCUAGCUAGGGCUGUCGAUUUUC